AAGAGCUGUUUAAGAGCUGUGCGUAAAAGUUCGGCUUCACUAUAAGUAUGGAUCCUAAUUCUUCUCUGCUAUGAUAUUUGGUUUUCCUUAAAUUCAACAGUACCCCAAUCUGGAUAAUACAGAAGAAAAAAAGAUUUUAUGGCGUCAGACCCUAAAAAUGUCAGUUGCCACGAGCAGCCCACUGUCUCUGAUGGAUCUCCUACAAUAUCUGCGAUUAUGUUUUCCGCCGGUGUCCUUGGGAACGUGGUCGCCCUAAUUCUCUUGGAAAUACGGCGGAGGAAACAGCCCGCAUCUUUGUUCCAAGUCCUGGUCACAUCUUUGGUCUUCACAGACUUGCUGGGAACUUUCUCCGUCAGUCCUCUGGUUUUAACCGCGUACUUGAGGAAUGAAUCUUUGAUCGGGAUGAGUGAAAGACGAUUAGUUUGCGGGCACUUUGGAUACGCCAUGACUUUUUUCAGUCUGGUCACUCUCGCCAUUCUUCUCUCCAUGGCAGUGGAGCGCUGGCUCUCCAUAGGACAUCCUUACUGUUACGAGAAGCGCUUGAGUAAACGCUGCGGGUACAUCACCGUCGCUCUCAUAUACCUGUUUUGCGCUCUUUUCAGUGCCACACCUUUCUUCGGGUUUGGGAAAUAUGUUCAGUACUGUCCCGGUACGUGGUGCUUCAUUGACAUGAACCCGUCUGAGAGAGAGCACAAAGUGUUCAAUAUCAUCUACGCGUCUUGUUUGCUCAUCAUGAUUGUGUGUACAGUUUUGUGCAAUGCGUCCGUCAUCUAUCAUCUUUCACUCAUGUACCGAAGACGCAAGGCGCACCGGAGCUCUGUCCGACGGCAGCGAGGACACAAGAGGCAUCGGUCUAUCGCGAAGGAGGUUGAACAUCUUGUGCUGCUCGGGGUCAUGACAAUAGCAUUCGUUAUCUGCUCUCUUCCGCUUGUGAUUCAAGUGUACUUCAACAUUUCCUACGACCGUCAUCACAAUAAUAAUCUCAUACCCCUUCUUUUAGUAUCAGCCAACCCCAUCAUAGACCCCUGGGUCUUCAUCAUCCUCAGCCCCCCAGUGCCUCGUCUGCUCUGGAACAAGAUGUGCAAGACCGCAAAGUUCAAACCCACCCAGGAACAGGUCCGUAGCGUUCAUCCAGACCUGUAUCAGUCAAACCCACCUGGCGAUUCAGGAGGCAGUGUGAUGAAAGUUUACACCGGAAUUCCUGGAACUGCCGGCUCCUGAUCUCUGAAACCUCUCUGCAUUGUGGGAAAGAUUAUGGAGUGAUUGCUCACUCAAAUAAUGAAAAUAACGGAUACUGAAGAUCCAGGUCACUGGAUACCUAAACAGAUGGAUCUGAGAUCUGAGGAUGAAAGAGCUGUGCUGUUGCACAAAUUAUGUCAUGGAGAACAUAGAAGAGUAUAUAUAUAUACUUAUUUAUUGUCUUUAUUUAUGGAGACUAAAACAUUUUGUAGACUGGAAGGAAAAUAAGUGUUUAUUCAUCAGCAGGAAACCCACGGGUUAAUAUAAAUAAACAUUUACAGGCUGAAAUGAAGAGCUGUACUUCCUGUUUCAACUGCGUGGGGAAUGCGGUUGUCUUUCUUUGUAUGACUUCACACUUCAUCAGUUUAGUUCUCUACGUUCCGUUGCAAAUAUAGGCAGGACUGAAUCAUGUCAUAGCAAGUCAGUUCACUGUGAAAGAGCCAAACAGCUUGACUAAACUAUGCAACAGUCCCAUGACUGAAGACAGUCAUUUGGGGGGAAGGUGAAACAGGCUAAACUGAGGAAAUGAAAGUUUGUUUUUGAUCAAUAUGUUUGAAUCUCCAUACACUGCAUGCCUGACAUUUAUGCAUUUAGCAGAUGCUUUUAUCCAAUGAGGAGCGACAGUAAUUUGUCAAAGAGCCAACAACAUUCCUAAUAUACAGGUUUAUUAGACAAAUAGAUUAGGAUACUAUAACCCUCUUAAAAAUCCCAAACAAAUUCUUUACAAUUAUUUUCUGAUCUUGCUGUUACAAUCUGAGGACUAGUGGUUUUAAGGUAGUUAGUUAUAUGAUAUCAUCAUUUUAAUAAAGAGAAAAUCAAAGGCUGCAUGUGUGUUGUUA